AUGGAUAGUCAAAGUGAGCCGGAUGAUGCCUCAGAUUCUCUUGGUAUCCUUAAACAUCUCAACUCUCUAAACGAAAUUGAAGCAUGUGCCAGGAAACUUGAUGCUGAGACGACUCUUCUAAUGGCUAACUUGCAAACUGGUCUUCAAAGGAUAUCUUCCUUGACACUCGACUGCUUUGGCCUCUAUGAUUCCUUGGUUUCUCAAACUUGUGAUGAAAUGGAUGCUAGUAUUAAGUCUAUGUAUACAAUGAUGGCAAAAUGCGAAGAAAUGGUCAAAGCAAUGUCUACUAUUCCACAGCUGCACUCUUCAGUGUUACAAGUUAGCAAGGCAUUAUCUCGUUUGGAAUCCAACCUUUCUCAUUCCUAA